AUGGUUGACCGUGAGCAACUGGUACAAAAAGCCAGACUGGCAGAGCAGGCUGAACGCUACGAUGAUAUGGCAGCCGCUAUGAAAUCGGUGACGGAGCUGAAUGAGAUUUUAUCUAAUGAGGAAAGGAACCUGCUCUCUGUGGCGUACAAGAAUGUGGUGGGUGCAAGACGUUCAUCCUGGCGUGUCAUCUCCAGCAUUGAACAGAAGACAACAGCUGAUGGUAACGAGAAGAAGAUUGAGAUGGUUCGUACUUACAGGGAAAAGAUCGAAAAGGAGCUCGAGGCUGUUUGUCAAGAUGUGCUCGACCUCCUUGACAACUUCCUUGUCAAAAACUGUAAUGAAACGCAGCAUGAGAGCAAAGUCUUUUACCUUAAGAUGAAAGGUGAUUACUAUCGCUACCUUGCUGAGGUAGCAACUGGGGACCAGAAGACCACUGUGGUUGGAUCUUCUGAGAAGUCCUACAGCGACGCUCACAAAAUCAGCAAGGAACAUAUGCAGCCCACUCACCCCAUCCGCCUGGGCCUGGCUCUCAACUAUUCUGUCUUCUACUACGAGAUCCAGAACGCCCCUGAACAGGCAUGUCUUCUGGCCAAAGCUGCGUUUGAUGACGCCAUCGCUGAGCUGGAUACUCUGAAUGAGGACUCCUACAAAGACUCCACUCUGAUCAUGCAGCUGCUACGAGACAACCUGACCCUGUGGACGAGUGACCAGCAGGAUGACGAGGGAGGAGAGGGAAACAAUUAG